AUCUAACCACAGUGCUGUCGCCUAUCUUCCACAAGACCAAACUGCGUUUCGGUAAAAACAGUAACUGACAUCAGUUAACAUCAUUGAACGAAACAGCGUGACGUAUAGAGCGUUCCUGUCCUAAUUGGUUGAGCAUCAGAUAUGGCACGUACCAAGCAGACUGCUCGUAAAUCAACGGGAGGUAAAGCUCCCAGGAAGCAACUUGCUACCAAAGCUGCACGAAAAAGUGCACCGUCUACAGGCGGAGUGAAAAAGCCACAUCGUUACAGACCUGGUACUGUAGCGCUCAGAGAAAUCAGAAGAUACCAGAAGUCGACUGAAUUACUGAUUAGAAAAUUACCCUUCCAACGUUUAGUUCGUGAAAUUGCACAGGAUUUUAAAACCGACUUACGUUUCCAGAGUGCUGCUAUUGGAGCACUGCAAGAAGCUUCUGAAGCUUACUUAGUUGGACUGUUUGAAGAUACAAAUUUGUGUGCAAUUCAUGCCAAACGUGUCACGAUAAUGCCUAAAGAUAUUCAACUAGCGAGACGAAUUCGUGGCGAACGUGCUUAAAUAUUUUAUAACGCAAAAUUCUUAAAUUUUUCUCUAAUAAAAUUCAUUUUGUUGUCAUAUUCUUGGAUGUUUCCACAAAUGAUAAACUUCAUUACAGUUGAGUUCUUUUCAUGAAUCAUUAUUGUAAUUGACACUGCCAAGCCUGUUGAAAGAUAAGAUACAGGAGUUAGAGUAUAUCUAUUAAUCAUGCCUAGUAUAGAAGAGUACAUUUAUGAUUUAAUAAUAGGAGUAUUCACAAAAAGCACAAAGCGGAGUACGUAGUUCGUAAUAAGUAGUAACACGUCACUACGUAAUUAAUACUUGAUUAUUAUAUAAUACAUUAAGUAAAGUAAGCGAUAUAGAAGCAACGUAAUAUGUAGAUUUAAUAUUUUUGCAGAAGAAACUAGUUGCACUCACAAUGUUUAUUUUAUUAUUAACACUUUUUUUCUAUUACUGUCGACUUACAAUUUAAGAUAGAUUAAAUUUAUAAUGUAUUGUGAAAUUAUUGAUAUAUAUAUAUAUAUAUAAAUAGGUAUACUUAACAUUGUAACAUUUCAUAAAAUAAGCUACAAAAAUUCGGGAUAUCAUUGAAUUAUAU